AUUAGAUCAUCAAAAGCAUCAAAGAUUCCAAACCCCAUACAAAGACUUGAAGAGUCUUCCUUUUCGGCUGUCAUUCAAACACACAGUUAGGGGUUUAGAGAUGUUAGAUCUAAUCGCAUGGCUGUUCUCCUUCUUCAUCCUCUUAGCAGUCAUAGCGCUUGUUCUUUACCAGAUAAUGUGCUUUUUGGACUUAGAGACUGAUUAUAUAAACCCAUAUGAGUUAGCAACUAAGAUAAACAACAUUAUGUUGCCUGAGAUGAUUACUCAAGGAGGAUUAUGCUUUUUACAUCUUGUCACAAGGCAUUGGAUAAUGUUCCUAUUUUGCCUUCCAUAUUUAUGUUAUAAUGUUCAUCUGUACAUUCAUGGACGCCAUGUAGUGUAUGCAACAGAGGUUUUUAAUGAGCUUUCAAGUCAAAAGAAACAGCGAAUAUUUAAACUUUGUUAUCUUGGUUUCCUUCUUUUCUUCUCUAUAUUUUGGAUGAUUUGGAGUAUUGUUGAUGAAGAUUAAGAAAUCGGGUCUCUCAAUCGAGUAAAUUUGACUGCUAUUCGGUUUGUAUGAUUUGCUAUCGAAAGGAGUCAUUUGAGAAGAUGAGUAGAGGUUUUCACACAAACUACUCCAUCGUAUUUAGAUCUUAAAAGUCUUCAAGAAUUUUUUUUUUUGUACAGCUACAUGUAUAUUUAAUUCAGCCGUUUAUAUAUAUUUCCAAAUAAAUUCUCCGGUUGUAAGUUGUUUUUAUUUCAUUG